AGAUACUGAGCACCAUGAAGGAGGUGCUGCUCCUUUUUCCUCUCUAAUACUGAGCCAUUUUCUCUUCACAGAAGUUUCUACCAAGGUCAUUCUGUCUGCCUGGCCAAGUCCCAUGGUCCCCAUUGGAGAGAAUGUGACUCUGCAUUGUCAUUCUCAGCUUGGGUUUGAAAUGUUCCGUUUGUUCAAGGAAGAUGUGGUCAAUAUUCGAGAGUUCCAAGACAUCUUAUUCCAACAGUACUUUGAUAUGUACCCUGUGACCAUGGCACAUGGGGGGACUUAUAGAUGUCAGGGCUUUGAUCCUAAAGCCCCAUAUGCAUUGUCAGAAAUCAGCGACCCUCUGUUGAUAAUAGUCACAGGCGCCUACAGAAAGCCCUCCCUCUUGGCCCUACCUGCUCCCUCAGUCAAAUCAGGAGAGAUGGUGACAUUGCAAUGCUGUUCGGAAACCAUGUUUGAAACCUUCAUUCUGGUUGUGGACAAAGAAGGGGUCCCAUUGCUGCCAACUCUUCAUAUCCUUUUAACCUUACACAAGGCUCUGUCAUCCAGAACUACACCCUGGGCAAUUCAAUCAGAAUGGGUGUGUCAGGCUUGGUCCUGCUGAUUUUGUUGAUUCUAUUG